CGUGCCUCCCCCUUCACCACCACACUGUUCCUGCAAUUUUCUCCUCCUCCUCCUCCUCCAUCAUGUCGCAGGUGCAGGUUCGGUUUAGAGGAUGCGAGCACCUCACACAUCGACUGGCCCUUGCAACACUCAGCGGGACGCCUGUUCGUGUGGAGGGGAUUCGCUCUGAUAGCGUGGACCCCGGUCUGCGCGACUACGAAGUUUCUUAUCUGCGUUUGCUCGAAAAACUCACGAACGGCAGCGUCAUUGAAAUUUCAUACACCGGUACCUCGUUCGUCUACCGCCCAGGAACCAUCACGGGCGGCCGUGUCGAGCACGACUGCCCGACCGGCCGCGCCGUCGGCUACUUUCUCGAGCCACUGCUGCUGCUGUGUCUUUUUGCAAAAACCCCCACAUCGCUCACCCUACGGGGUGUCACAGCGUCCAAUGAGCCGUCGGACGUGGGCGUCGACGUGCUGCGGACGAGCGUGCUUCCCUUCCUCAAAAAGCAGUACAACCUCGGUGACGAGCUUGAGCUCCGCAUUCUCAAACGCGGGGCAGAGCCCGACGGCGGCGGCGAAAUUAACUUUCUGUGCCCCGUGGUGAAAACGUCAUUGCCGACGAUCCGGCUGACGGACCCUGGCCGAGUGUUCCGGAUCCGGGGCAUUGCGUCAUCCACGCGAAUUUCGCCGGCCACUGUGAACCGGAUCGUGGAGUCGGCACGUGGAGUGCUGAACCGCUUUAUUCCCGACGUGUUCAUCUACACCGACGUUCGUCGUGGAGACGAGUGCGGAAAAUCGCCUGGCUUCUCGCUGGCACUCGUCGCCGAGACGAACCGGGGCUGCUCGUACGCAGCCCAGCAGUGCGGCGAGGCCGGCCAGGCGCCAGAAGACGUGGGCGAGCUGUGCGCCAAGCAGCUGCUCCAGGUCAUCGAGAUGGGCGGCUGCGUGGACCACUUCACACAGCCCUCCAUCCUCACCGGCAUGCUGCUGUCGUCCGAGGACGUGAACCAGAUCGUCAUCGGCCACGACAACAUUACGUCACAGCUGGUCGUGUUCUUGCGUGACGUCAAGGCGCUCUUUGGCCGCGAGUACCGUUUCAAGGAGCUCGACACGGGCCACAUCGAGAUGACUUGUCUGGGCAAGGGCUAUCUGAAUGUGAACCGGCGGUUGCAGUAGACAGCCGCCUGCAACGAACAACAUGGCAAUCUUUAGGUUUUGGGAUAAAUGGUAAUAGCCAGUUUUGGGAUAUGUGGGCGA